CUUGAACAAAUUGGCAUGCCAGGAGUCCUAGCUGUCAUGCCUGCCUCCACAUUUUCCUUUAUAAUUAGUGGCAUUGUGGAACACCAUAAACCGAGCAGCUAAUCAAGGUUGCUGUGUCAAUGCAUGCAGACUGUGCAGUCUCAAAAAUUACUGUAAGACAGUUAAGAAAAUCACAUGUAGAAAAUAGAAUGGAGGAUACGAGUAGGCACAAUCUGCAAUUCUUGUCUUUUCCUAUCUUUAGCUAAUUUACAUACCUGAAGUAAAAGGGUUUGAAUUAAAAAUAGAAUCACAAGCAUCACCAUUUAAGAAAGUGCAUGCAUUUUAUGCAUUUUGUUCCCUGUAAUUUAAUUAUCCGACUUACGUACCUUCAAAAGCUUAAACUUGAUAACAAACAAAGAAUACAGAGAAUCAGAAGAAACCACAACCUUGUCAUUUAUACAUCCCUCAAGUUGUUGCCAGGUGGUGUAACCGGAAUUCCAGAACAUGAAGGUCGGUGAAAGAAGAAAUGGGGAGAGUGGGUUUUCAUUUGCACUCUUCCCAAUUCAUUGCGUUACUUGGGAUAAAAGAAACACAGACGGAGAAUGGGUAUGAUUUUCUGUAUCCGCCAAUAGGAGGAGAGAGAGGGAUGGAAGCACCGAGGCAGCCAUGGCCGCUGAAGCCAAGAGCUAGCACACACCAUGCGCAUUGAUGCAUGUGGAGGAGAGUGCAGUGUGAGUGAAUAAUUAAGGUCGUUCAUU